AUGAGGGUGGAUAGAUGCGGACACAUCGACAAAAUGAUUGAAUAUAAGAAGUUCGAAGGGCGGGCGGCGCGCGCGGCCGCGGGCAGUAGUCAGUCGCCGCGCGCCGCUCGCACGCACCUGUCCCGCCCGCGCCAUGUCCGCCGCGGCCGCGCCACUCCGCGCGUGCGCGCUGCUGCUCUGCCUGCUCGCAGCCACCAACUAUCGAUAAAGGAAUUUGUAGUGCCCAGCGCUGUGGAGGUGGGUAAAGAUGCUGAACUGAAAUGUCAGUAUGAACUGAACGCGGAUGAGAAGGAGGUCGCGUUUUUCAUCAAGUGGUGGUGGACGCCGGAGUCCGGUUCCAGUUACGACAAGAAACUCAUAUACCAACGCAUAGCUGGACAUAACCCCGAGACCCAAGUCCGACAUGAUAACACUAGCCAAAUAGAGAUAAAAGAAAAUGAUUCCAUCGUGUUAUUGAAUGUGAACCCCGUGGAUUCUGGCACUUAUGAGUGUGAAGUAUCGAACAUCGACGAGAUAAGAAAACAUGAAAAACUUAUUGUUUACUCGUUAGUAGUAGGUCCUGAAAUAAACUACACGUUAAUAAAUAAUGAAGCAGAGGAUAAAAAUGACGAUAUGUUGUUAAUAGAAUGUCAAACUGAAGAUAUCGCACCCAUGCCAGACAUGAGCAUCAUAUUUCAAGGGGAAAAACUGAAUGUAACGAAAAGUAUAGAAGAUAGCGAUAACGAUGGAUUUUAUAACAUACACGCUAACGCCACUGUAAGUACGGCAGACAUAGACGUGGGUGAAAUACGAUGCGAGCUCUGGUACACCGCCUUAGAACAUAAGCGGUAUGUCGUCAUCGAGUCAUACGUGGCUCCAGGCCGCGACGCAUCGUCCACCACUGAGCUACCCGAGGACAAUUCCACCGAGCCGGAUCCUACGCACAACUCCUUGCAAAACUACAGUAAGUCAUAG